AUGACGUUCAAGCAACAGUUGCUCGGCGCUAUGGCUCUGGCCGCCAUAGCCCACGGACAUCCAGCAAAAGAGAAGCGAGCACCUGCACUCCCUGAGCAUGAGGGAUGGGAUCAGGAAUUGACCGUCUUUGACGUCAAGGUCGCAGCACCAACACAUAUGCCUGGCGAGGUUGUGUACUUCAAGAGUGAUGGCUCGCCGGCCUUGACUACAACUGAGAUGGUCAUGGUGAUGCCGACCCCUGGCCCUGAAGGCGACGAGGAUUGCAAAACAACUACUACUAUGACCACUGUCUCGACGGAAACGUACACCAUCUCGCUUCAGGGAGCUGCUCAGCCAUCGCCCGCCGUGGCUGCCGGCGGCCGGCCAUCCAAAGCAUUGCCCGUUAAAGGGGGUGGGCCGCUCCCUCACUCUUCCACGGAGAUAGCAUCGUCAGAUUCUGGAAAGAAUAAAGACACUCAGCCGUCCGGUGAUCUCUUCGGCAUCUCCUACGCGCCCUACCGCGCUGAUCACAGCUGCAAAACAGCCGAGGACAUUAUGGAUGACUUUGAGCGACUCGCAGGCGACUACUCGCUCGUUCGUAUCUACGGCACGGAUUGCGAUCAGGUGCCUCCCAUCUACAAAGCCGCCAAGAAGAUCGGGGUCAAGUUGAUGAUGGGGAUCUGGGACAUUAACAAGGUGCAAGGCGAGGCACAGAUGAUUGCCAAAGGCAUCGAGGGCGACUGGGACAUUGUUCACUCCGUGGGCGUCGGCAACGAACUGGUCAACAACCAAGAGGCCACCGCUGACCAGGUCGUCCAAGCCGUGUCCCUGGCGCGCAGUGCUCUCCGUGGUGCCGGAUUCCAGGGCCCCGUGGCUGCUGUCGACACCUUCAUCGCCACAGAGGCCCAUCCAGAGCUCUGCGACGCCUCUGACCUAUGCGCGAUCAACGCGCACCCGUUCUUCGAUAGCACAAUGGAAGCUGGAGAUGCCGGCAAGUGGCUCCAAAACACCGCCAAGGACGUCCAGGCUGUUCUCUCCAAGCCGAAGCAGAUUCUCAUUACCGAAGCAGGCUGGCCCACGGACGGUGCAGUCAAUGGAAAGGCUGUCCCAGGUCUGGAGAACCAGAAGAUCGCCAUCGCCGCCAUUAAGGAGGCCUUUGCCGACAAACCAGGAGACGUUAUCCUCUUCUCGGCGUUCGAUGACCUGUGGAAGGAGAAGACCAUGGUUAGUUUCAACGCUGAUCAGCAUUGGGGUAUUGGAGGGGCGAUUUCGAAUUGCGAUCUUGCCCUCAUCUAG